AUUGGCAUAAGUCAACGCGAUCGUCACAGUUGCAUCGCGGAGUGUGCGUACGGUGCUAAGCGUAUGUAAAUAUUCUUUGCGCACUCGUGCUUCUAGAAGUAAAUUAACACACGCAUUAACGCUGCAAAAGAUGCCGGCAUCUACGGUGAAUAAGGAUCUGCAGACCGAACGGGAUAAGGGUAGCUUCGAUAAGAAUGAGUUCACCCUCUGGUGGGUUGGUGGCAAGGAAAAAUUGAAGGAAAAGCAAGACCUAGAAACUUUUCUUGCUAAUGAUCCGGACUUCCACAAUGAAACACCAAUCCAUUUUCUAUCGCACAAGGAGCUGUACGAAGAAACGAUACGACAAGCGACGGCCAUCUUCCGCAAGGUGCGAAAAUUCCAUGAAGAUCGCGGAAAUGGCGAUCCAUCCAACUACAUGCAAAUAUUGAGUGGUUUACUGGGCAAUGGAAUCAUUCGCCAGGGCAAUCCAUUGGGAAUCCAUUUUGCCAUGUUUGUGCCGGCUUUGCUUGGUCAUGGUUCACCGGAGCAGCAAGCCGAAUGGUUACCUCGUGCCCUAAAAUGCCAAAUGCUGGGAACGUACGCACAGACCGAGCUUGGUCACGGUACGUUCCUGCGCGGUCUGGAAACGACAGCUACCUACGAUGAGCGUACGCAAGAGUUUGUGUUGGAAAGUCCAACGCUUAGCUCCUACAAAUGGUGGCCAGGAGGAUUGGCACAUACGGUCAAUUACUGUGUGGUAAUGGCGCAGCUUUUCUCCAAGGGAAAAUGUCACGGUAUUCAACCGUUCAUUGUGCAGCUGCGUGAUGAGGACACGCACAUGCCAAUGAAGGGUAUCGUAAUAGGUGAAAUUGGUAACAAGUUGGGCAUGAAUGGAGUGAACAACGGUUAUCUUGGGUUUGAAAAAGUGAGAAUUCCACGCAAAAACAUGCUGAUGAAGAACGCAAAGCUGCUGGCAGACGGUACAUUUGUGAAGCCACCAUCGCAAGCCCUCACCUAUGGUACGAUGAUGUUUGUGCGUGUAAUAAUCGUACGCGAUACUGCCUUACAUUUGGCAAAGGUGGCUACCAUUGCCGUGCGGUAUUCGUGCGUCCGUCGUCAAAGUCACAUUAACCCGGACCAACCGGAAGUGCAAGUGAUCGAUCAUUUGACGCAACAGUACAAGCUGUUCCCUUCAAUUGCGAGAAGUAUCGUUUUCAAACUAACAUCGGACAACCUGUGGGAAAUGUACAAUCAGGUCACGUCGGAAUUGGAUCAGGGUAAUCUGGAGCGUCUUCCUGAGCUGCACGCUAUUGCGUGUUGUCUGAAAGCGGUCACCACGGCCGAUGCCGCCAAGAGCGUAGAAACACUGCGUAUGGCUUGUGGUGGGCAUGGAUAUAUGACGUGCGCCAACUUCUACAACACGUAUGGUUUCGUAACGGCCGCCUGUACGUAUGAGGGUGAAAAUACGGUUCUACUGCUACAGACUGCUCGAUAUCUUCUAAAGGUGUGGAAUCAGGCGCUCAAGGGACAACCGCUUGGUCCGACGGUGCAAUAUUUGAACAGCUUCAUCCAGAGUCGCAACAAUCGCCAUCCCUGGAUCGAUACUGUUCCCGGCAUUGUAAAGGCAUUGCAAACCGUUGCUGCUGGCAAACUGCGUCUAGCAAACGAGCACAUCGAGCAACGCAAAAAGGCAGGUUACACGCAUGAGGAAGCGGUCAAUCUUACCUCCCUGGAGCUGGCAAGCGUUGCCGAAGCUCAUUGUCGUGCCUUUUUGGUACAGUCCGGCUAUGAGAUGAUUGAGAAACUUUGCCAAAACAUUUCUCCUUCCCUGGCAAAGGUGAUGCGAACGAUUGGUGAGCUGUAUGCGUACAACGAAGCACUUGACUCGAUCGGCAGCCUUGUUCGGUUCACAUCCAUCAGCGAAAGUGACAUUAAUCGAUUGCAGGGAAAACUGGAAGUGGCCCUUUUAGCCAUUCGACCCAAUGCAGUAAGUCUGGUCGAUGCAUUCGCUAUACCGGACGUUUUGCUAGGAUCGCCUCUCGGUGCUUACGAUGGCAACGUGUACGAGCGACUCUAUGAAGAGGCUCAGAAAAGCCCGCUCAAUAAGGAGCCGGUUAACAAAUCAUUCCAUCUGUAUCUGAAACCGUUCAUGCGUUCGAGCUUGUAAGAAGUAU